GGAACAAAACCUGGACAAAGGAAAAAAGAGUAGAACGGAGUGAUAUUCUUAUCGAUUACCUCCCCCUUUGUCUUAACAUGAUUGAUCGAGAUAGACAAAGAGGGGAAUGGAAGAAAAGCAUAAAGAGAAUACCAUAAUAUUAACUUACUAAAUAAGUUUACAAAUAAUGGUGACUUUUUGUUUGGUUACCCAGAAAAUGCACCAAAUCAAUCUAAACGCCACAAAUCACCCAAGCCUUUUGCUACCUUUAGGCUUUAGGUCGGUUUAGUUCGAUUUUUAUUUCCUAGGAAACAAACGGAAGCAACCAAACAAACAGAGGAAAAUAUUGUUUUUUCCUCUGUUGAAAAGUGGGCAAAGAGUAUAAUGGAAAAGCUGUCCAAUAUCUUCUCGGUGCUACAGCUUGACGCUGACGAUGAUCAGCUUCAUAUGCCCGACUCCUCUUCUACUACAGAUAAGAAGGAGAAGAAAGGUAAAAGCUCGAGUAACUUGGUGCCCUCAAAAAAUGAGAAAAACUGUGAACAAGAUUCAAUGAUCCCUUCAGAACAGUACAGGUUACCACUUGUGUGGAUUGAUUUAGAAAUGACUGGUCUAAAUGUUGAAGUUGAUCGAAUACUGGAGAUUGCUUGUAUAAUUACAGAUGGCAAUUUGAUCAAAUCAGUUGAGGGUCCUGAUUUGGUUAUCCAUCAAACUAAAGAGUGUUUAGACAACAUGGGAGAAUGGUGUCAAAGUCAUCACUCAGCUAGUGGGCUGACAAAAAAAGUGCUUCGAAGUACCAUCAGUGAACAAGAAGCUGAAAAGCAGGUCAUAGAAUUUGUCAAGAGAAAUGUUGGUACAUACACCCCUCUUCUGGCAGGAAAUUCAGUUUAUAUGGAUUUUCUCUUUUUAAAGAAAUAUAUGCCAGAUUUGGCUAGUCUUUUCUCUCAUGUUCUUGUUGAUGUUAGCAGUAUUAAAGCUUUAUGCAUCCGAUGGUAUCCUCGAGACUCGAAAAAGGCUCCUUCAAAGGAAAAUAAACACAGAGCCAUGGAUGAUAUCAGAGAAAGCAUAAGGGAACUCAAAUACUACCGGGAGAAUAUAUUCAAAGCAUCCAAGUCCAAGAAGUGAUGAAGAUGAAGCCUUUUGUGGAAGUUCAAUUUUUUUAAAAGCACCAUCCACGCCAUGGGCAGCUUUUGAGAAGGGUUGGAAGGCCUUUGCAAAUGGUUCAUUUUACCUUGGUUAAUAUAUUAUACUGUUCCCUCUCUCUCUCUCCCUCUCUCUAAUAUUUGCUAAUCAUGAAAUAUUUUAUUGGUUUUGUAAUGCCAACUCUCUCCCCCUCCCCUCUAGCCCAAACAACUGUGUUUCCUAUACAUCAACAACGCUUCACACUAUUUAAUCCAUGAAGGUUAGUCAAUAGGCAAAUUGAAAAAAAGGGGGAAAUUGUUUGUUUACA